AUGCAAGCAACUCAUCGAUUGGCGCCAGGGGCGGAGCUUGCCCUCGCCGACUUUCAGAAAAAGAUUGUCGACCCCGAGCACAAGCGGAAAGAGAAGGCACUUGGACUCUGGCCGGUGAAUCCCGAGUCACCGUUCGGAAAUUUCCCAAAAGAGAAAGGAGGUCCCGGUUCACCCCAUAAGAAUCAAGUGGCAGCUGCCCUUAGUCAAACAAUUACAACGCCUCUUGUUCGAUUCAAUGCUCGUGAAAAAAGAUUUCUUAGGAAGGGAAGCGGCAACCGAGUCCUGUGGAAGAUAGAUUUUGCCUUGCUCGACUACCAGUAUUUUCUGCCAUUAUUCUUCGAUGGGAUAAGAGAGAAAGAAGACCCAUACAGAUUCCUUGCUGUUCAGGGGGUGUACGACCUUCUCCAAGGCGCCCCCCAAAAGAUCCUCCCCGUCAUUCCCCAGUUGGUGAUACCUAUCAAGAAAGCUCUCGAUACACGGGAUAGCGAAAUAAUCGCAACAACUCUGAAAAUUCUCCAAGCUCUCGUGCUCUCUGGUAUACUUCGUGAAGAUAUUGGAAAAGCACUUUUGCCGUACUACAGGCAAAUCCUGCCGUGCUUCAACUUGCUCAUCAACAAUCACAAAAACAUUGGCGAUAAAAUCUGCUACGGCCAGAGGCGAGGAUGUGACCUCGGUGACUUGAUUGAAGAAACACUGCAUAUCUUGGAACUGAAUGGAGGGCCCGAUGCCUUCAUUAACAUUAAGUACAUGAUUCCCACCUAUGAGAGCUGUGUUGUCAACUGA